ACUUCUAUAGAUACUGACAUACCCUGACAUACCGUGGUACGGCCGUACAGCUGACAUACCGUGGUACGGCCGUACAGGUAUGUAUGAGAACUAAUGCGGGCUUUCUUGGAGCUGAUGACACAUAAUGAUAGCUGGUGUGUUGUACAACAUGUACAUCGCGAUCGAGCGACACACGUGAUGGACCCGUGGUCAGUAGUAUCCAGCAUUAUAACAGUCCGCACAACUUUCGACAAUUGCAUUAAUACUUACUCGCCGUUGACUGACGGGCGGACCCUGAUGCUGCGGAGCGGUGGAAGUGGAAUAAGGCUGAAAUGGAAUCCAGUACAAAAGGUCACAUCUUACCCUUGAGAAUGACGUGGGCCUUAGGAACCCAGUAAGUUCGUUCUCGAAGGAGAUACGUGAGUCCAAUACCCGCGAUGCACUAAUGUGGCGAUAUAUUACGGCUGACACUCACAAGUCAGACGAGCAGUCUCGAGCUCGACCUUGGAAGAGUGGGUGGUCAGGUGCACAGGUAAUCCGCAAUUGUUUUAGCCGACGGUCACCACAAUAUUGAUUUUCUUGUUUACCUUGUUACUGUGCAACAUUAGCCGCAUAACGACUACAACUGAGAAUUUUUUCAUAAUAAUAUUGUAUAUAAGACUACGUGGCGGCGUUUCCUGACUGGAUCGUUGAGCCGCAAAUGUUUUGCUGCUUAUAAACGAAUCGAAUACAAGAUUAACUAAGUAAUUUUGUUAAUGGUGCGGCGUGGUUAUCUAUAUAAUUAUGCAACAUGUAUCUCCCGAUGGUUUACCUGAGCGCGUAUAAAGAACUAUUAUAAUGUGGAUAUUAUCGAACGAUAUUUCUACAGUCAGCCAUGCACCGGUAUUAUCAAUUACUUUGCACAUGUUGAUCAGCAUCUUGCCAAUGGGUUACAGAGCUGCAGAUAAUGAAUUCGCAUAAGAUAUAUGUGGGACACUCUGUAAUUAUAACAGCACUAAUUUUACGAUGUGUCUGCGCUGCAAAUAAAGAAGCAACGGAUGCAAAAAAGUCAAAGCAGAUGAGCAUCGAUGUGCCCGUAAUUUAUGUCGAACCACCGUCUUAUCUAUCCGACCACUUGUCCACUUCUGCCAUUCAGCUAACUAAUGAGCACUCCGUCAUUCCGGUCGUACAAGAUCUAAUCAACAGUGCCGACCAGAAAAUACUGGAAAAUUUUGUUGCCCCGCAUCUCGAUCCAUGGGAAGCAAUCCCUAGACUACCAGACCACGACGUUAUGGUCGGAACACCAAUUAAUGUCGGAUCAAAUUUGCAUGCACCGCAGAUGCACAUGCACAGGGAUGUAAACGGUGUAGCCACUGGAGUCAGCGAUGUUUUGUUGGAUACAAUCGGUACACCAAUAUUUCAAACUUUUUUUGGCAAUCGCAAUCCUUAUUUGGACGACGAUGACUGGAACGACGAAUUUGACGAAGACGAUGGGGAUGAUAAACGUAAACAAGACAUCGACGAUGAUGAUGACGAUGACGACAAAGACGAUGAUAAGUUCAAGAAGCUGACGAAAUCGUUACUUCGCUCCAAAAUGGCACCUUUGAUGGUCGCACCGAGUAGACAGCGGACAAACCGCCGACCCGCCGCUCUAAUGCACAAACCUGUAUUAGCUUCCAAGCCAGCAUCUAUGAUUUCCUCUCCCAGAACGCUCAAUCAUCCAGGUGUCCGGAAUACCGGUCACCAAAGACUGGUCAUCCCUCAGCUCAUUCAAACAGGACGAGUCAAUGUAAAUGUUGCCGGAAACACCCUAGCAGGCUAUCGACUUGCCAGCCCGUCGAUGAACCGCGCAUCUUUACAACUUCGUACGCUCCGAAUAUUAUAUGACUAGUGAACCGGUUAUUAAUUCAAACGGGCAUGCAUCGAAAAAUCUGAUUUCGCUCUUAAACCAGAACAUUUCUUCCCGUAACUGCAAACAGCUUUAAAAUUUUGGAAUAACGCAGCUCCAUUAGCUAUUAAAGCUGUCUAAAAAGCAUAAUAAAAAAAAAGCUGAGA